GUGACGAGUAAAUACACAACAAAACUAAGUUUUGCUCACAGAAAAAAAGAAAAAAAAACCUCUCGAUUUUCUUCGAUUUUCUCUCUAAAAUACUCUUUGUAAGGCCCUAAAACCUCAUAUCUUGUUCAUCACAAACAUAACAAGCUGUUCAAUGGCAUCAGUGCCUAAUUCUUCAGCCGUUCGGGCUUUACAUUUAGAGUUAAAGAAGCUAACAGAGGAGCCAGUCGAAGGAUUUCGAGUUAAGGUUCCUGAUGAGAGUAAUCUUUUCGAAUGGGAUGUAGCAAUAUUCGGACCUCCAAAAACACACUAUGAGGGAGGAUACUUCAAGGCACAUAUGUCGUUUCCUCAAGACUAUCCAUAUUCGCCUCCAACAUUUCGCUUUAUAACCAAGAUGUACCAUCCAAAUAUAUACGAGUCAGGAGAUGUCUGUAUUUCUAUCUUACAUCCUCCGGUUGACGAUCCACAAAGUGGCGAACUUCCGUCAGAAAGAUGGAAUCCUACUCAAAAUGUCAGAAAACAAGUUCAACGUUCAAGACUUGAUGCUGAAAAAGAUGGCAUCCACGUCCCAACAACGAUACAAGAUUAUUGCAUCAAAACAAAACCAACCAAAUCAGAAAGUGACGAUUUUGCUGACUUUUAUGAUGAUGAUUAUGGCGAUGAUAUGAAUGAUUUUGAUGAUGACGAUGAUGACUGCAUGGAAUACAGUGAAGAUUCUGGCAACGAAGAAACAUAACAAUGAAAUCUGUCUGUAUAUUUUAUACUUUGUAUCAUAACUUUGAAAAUGGUAUUGAUAGAGAUGUGAUUGGAACUCUUGAAUUGUGUAUUCUUUGGCAUAUUCUCAACAUGUUUUGAGGAUUUAGAAUAGAGAGUAAGUGUGAAAUAAUAACAACCUUCUCAAUGAGUCAGAACUUUAUAAGUCAGAGUUGGUGUUUGAAUGCUUCAUCUUUUUGUGCAUAUGCAGUUCAUAAAACAAUAUCCAUACUUUGAAGAAAGGGUCUCAGAUUUUUACCAAAAAAAAUGAAAAAAAAAAACAACAACAAAUCCUACUAUUAUCGUACCCCAGCACUUGUACACUGUAGCCUUAGAAUAAUACAGUAAAGAGGGGAUGAAGUUUGGACCAAUGGAUAUUUUAGAACUGUUGCUAUUACCUGUGAACAAUAUACUCAACUUAUAACCAACAAAGGUUUUGGCUCUAAAUUUGAUCAGGAAAAAAUGAGAUAAAAAUCACAGUAAUAUUACCUACUCCCUAAUAGAAAUUAAAGUAAAAAGAGUAGUAUUAUGAUCUGUCUAGGAAGUUUUGUUUUAAUUAUUAUAUAGAAGUACUGUAGAUAAUUUAUACAAGUGUGUUUAUGUGUUUAUUUAGUAAUGAUAGAGGCUUUGCACCAUGACAGGAUGUUUGAAAGGCAGGAACAAUUGAAUCUGGUCUAAUCUAAUGUACAUGAGAAAGAAUUCAGUUUCCCAGGGAAGAAAGACUCUAUUGUUGUGCGUUCUGCCAUCAUGCAUUGGUGCAAAGCUUCUAUUCCGAUUAAGA